AUGCUAAUGAUAACAGCUUUUUGCUUGAAGCACUGUUUAGAACGUAUCAUACGGUCAUUUUCCUCUCAAUGUAGCAGAAAAUCUACCGAUGUCCUGAGUGAAAAGAACUAUCCGAUGCUCAUUUUCUUCAACGUCUUUCUUUUCCUCUUCACACUGCCACAUCUGAUCGUCUCAACGCGUUGUUACUUCUGUACUUCGAUGCUCAGUAGUGAUAUCGAUGAUAGCGCAAAAGAGGCGAUGAAAAAUCUCGUCUAUACGAAUUUCAACCCUCCGCCCACUCACGAGCUGUGUGCUCUUUCGGAUGAUAUCGAGUUCCGAAUCGUUCAACAAAUCGAUUGCGGUGAUGAUCGAUGUGUUCUCGUGAAAGCUUUUGAGAAAAAUCUGCACUUUGUAAUGCGCGGAUGCGAGAAGUCGCUCUCACGGGUGGCCCCGCUUGAACCCUCUUGCACCACCGGUUCCCCAUCGGUUUGCGUCUGUGAAUCGGAUCUCUGCAAUCACUCGCCGAUCUCGAAUUCUCCCGCAAAUAUCGCAUUAAUUCUUUUGUUUAUCGCAUUCAUGUGG